GUCAUCGAUGAAUUGAUAAACAAGCGAAGGGUUGGGCGUCAUCUUCAUCCAUCCAUCACCACACCCAUUCGUCAAUGGCAGCAGCAACAGCAACAGCAGCAGCUCUGAUGAUGGCCCACCACCACCAUCAUCAUCUCCUGAGACCUGCAUUUCCCUUCCUUCCCAAGCUUCUCCAUCACUCUUCCUCUUUCUUACUUACUCUCCCCACCUCAUUCCCUCGCCGUUUCUUCUGCACUCGCUCUUCUCUCACUCACCCUCACAUCUCUUCUUCCGUCGUCGAUGACUUUCAAGUCGAGGCCGAGUACGAGGACGCGGACCCCGAACAACCACAACCACAAGAAGAGGAAACAACAGCAGCAGCAGCAGCAGCGAUCACAGAUUCCAUCAGAAGAACUAUAGUAGUGCCCGUUGCCGCUUCUUCUUCUUCUUCGUUGCCACUGCCGAACCUUAGCAUUAAGGAAAAGAAAGAACUGGCCUCGUACGCCCACAGCCUCGGGAAGAAGCUCAAAUGCCAACAGGUCGGCAAGUCCGGCAUCACUCCGUCAGUUGCAGCGGCUUUCGUCGAGAACCUUGAGUCCAACGAGCUCUUGAAGCUUAAAGUGCACAACAGCUGCCCAGGUGAGCUGGCCGAUGUGGUGAAGCAAUUAGAAGAAUCGACAGGAUCAGUAGCUGUUGGUCAGAUUGGCCGAGCAGUGAUUCUUUACAGGCCUAGCCUCACCAAGUUGAAGGCAGCUGAGAAAAAGAAACAGCAUGUCCAAAGAGUCAGGAAAGGAUUCCCUCUGAAAACUGAUAAGCCGAAGGUACAAGUAAUGAGAUCAUCUGGUCAGGGGCGCCGUUGACGCAGACGGAUUUAAAGGUCUCGUGUCAUUGGAUCUUCAGGAAACAGUAUGGUAAGCUGAUUUGAUCCUGUUUCAGACUCGUAAACAUGUUUACAUUGUUUUUCGGGUGGUGUAGCUGGUGCUCUCGGCAGUCUGUACAAGCCCUACUGAGGGUAGAUUUUGUCUUGAGGUGAUCAGUUUCCAGGAGCAUCUAUCUGAUUGGCUGCAUCCAUAAGAAAAGAAAAGGGAAGUGGAUAAAUGAGGGACUUGCUGAUUUAACUGAGCAAUCUAGAGGUCUAGUUUCCCUUGGAAGUCUAAAACUCUGUGAGCUCAUAAUGUAAUCUAGUUCUGAGAUGAGGGAGUUUUCCAUUGUUGCAUAUCUUGCUUGCUGUAGUACAUUCUCACUCUCAGAUUGAUAGCUGGGGCCCUCAUGUGGGACACUCUUACA